CAUGCAAAGACAAUGGAAAAAACUACAAUUGGGAUUUUCCAUUUUCUCAGGAAAAUGGGUCUCUAUUAUGGCAUAAAAGUGUUCCCUUCGUGGAGAAUCUGGAGAAAGGCAUAGAGAAUGGAAGGAGCUUCUGUGAAAGGAAGACUUUUACUGCUGAGAAAAGGAACCAGAAGGAGAAACCAUAUAAAUGCAUGGACUGUGGAAUGGGAUUCCAUAAAGUUGCAUCCCUGAUGAGACAUAAGAUAAUUCACACAGGUGAUGCACCAUAUAAAUGCAUAGAGUGUGGAAAGGGCUUCAACAAAGAGCGUAAUCUUACAUCCCAUGAAAGGAUCCACACAGGAGAGAAGCCAUAUAAAUGCAUGGAAUGUGGAAAGACCUUUAUACGCAAAAGCAAUCUUACUGCCCAUAAAAGAAUCCACACAGGGGAGAAACCAUAUAAAUGUAAGGAGUGUGGAAAAGGCUUUCGAGAUAAUGGGUCUCUUGUGAAACAUAAAACAAUCCACACAGGGGAUAAACCAUACAAAUGCAUGGAGUGUGGAAAGGGCUUCUGUACACACAGUAAACUGACUAGGCAUAAAAGGAUCCACACAGGAGAGAAGCCAUAUAAAUGCACACACUGUGGAAAGACUUUUAGUCAGAGCAGUAACCUUACUUCCCAUCAAAGGAUCCACACGGGGGAGAAACCAUAUAAAUGCAUGGAAUGCGGGAAGAGCUUCAGCAAAAACACUGGUCUUACUUCCCAUCGAAGGAUCCACACAGGAGAGAAGCCAUAUAAAUGCACGCAGUGUGGAAAGACUUUUAGUCAGAGCACUGCCCUUACUUCCCAUCAAAGGAUCCACACGGGGGAGAAACCAUAUAAAUGCACACAGUGUGGAAAGACUUUCAGUCAGAGCGGUACCCUUACUUGCCAUAAAAGAAUCCACACAGGAGAGAAACCAUAUAAAUGCACAGAGUGUGGAAAGGGCUUCACUUUAAACCGUUCUCUUACAUAUCAUCAAAGAAUCCACACGGGGGAGAAACCGUAUAAAUGCACACAGUGUGGAAAGGCUUUUAGUCAGAGCGGUGCCCUUACUUGCCAUAAAAGAAUCCACACAGGAGAGAAGCCAUAUAAAUGCACACAGUGUGGAAAGACUUUUAGUCAGACAGGUGCCCUUACUGGCCAUCUAAGGAUCCACAUAGGGGAGAAGCCAAGAUAGAUGCAUGGACUUUGGAGAAAGCUUUAGGAGGAGAAAUGACCUAAUUUUCCAUACAGAGAUAAGCUUGGGUUGGAAGGUAUGUUAAUUCUAGAAAGUUAGUUACAUUUAUGAAUUUUCGUAUUUACAGAGGCUGAGCUUUUUCUUAGCUUGAUCCUUCCUAUUGUCUGACCAAGGAAUAUGAAUUUCAUAAUGAAAAUAAAAACAAUGGGCAAGUGCCAUUUUAAUUAUGACCUUGAUUAUUGAUGGCAUCUAUAUUUAAGUAUGAUUUAUUUACUUUUCAAAAGUGAGAUUCCACUCCCCAUUUGUUCUUCCCACUUGAUCACACCUAAAAGGAUU